UCUCUCUCCAGGUUCAUUCGACGCGAUCGCAAGACUACUAACAUCAGCUCGACAUCAAUACAAUAGCAUUUCAUUCUUUCAACAUUAUACCUGCAAAUUUCAGCUUACUGUCGUUAAUACUCAACAUGCGUUCCGCUGUCGUCGCCUCCGCCCUUGUGGCCGCCGCCGUCGCCGCUCCCCUCGAGUCGCGCCAAUCCGCCAUCAACGAUGGUGUUAUCCUCAACUACGCCUUGACCCUCGAGCACCUCGAGAACACCUUCUACCACGAGGCUCUCGAGAAGUUCACCGAGGCUGACUUCCGCAAGGCCGGUGUCUCCUCCGAGUUCUACUGCAACCUCAAGGAGAUCGCCUCCGACGAGGCCACCCACGUCUCCUUCUUGAGCGGUGCCCUCUCCAAGGCCGGUGUCACCCCUACCUCCGUGUGCACCUACGACUUCGGCCCUUCCACCGUCGAGAACUACCUCGCCGUUGCCAACAUCCUCGAAGGUGUCGGUGUCAGCGCCUACCUCGGUGCCGCCCAGUACAUCUCCAACAAGGCCUACCUCACCGCCGCCGGCUCCAUCUUGACCGUCGAGGCCCGCCACUCCGCCUACCUCCGCGACAACCAGCUCAAGCGCCAGAGCCCCUUCCCAUCGCCUUUCGACGUCCCGCUCGACUUCGACGAGGUCUACUCCCUCGCCGCCCUCUUCAUCAAGUCCUGCCCCGAGAGCAACCCGGCCCUCCCCGUCAAGGCCUUCCCCGCCGUCUCUGCCGCCCCGGCCAACCCCGCCAAGGUCGGUGACAAGCUCACCCUGACCGUCGCCAAGUCCGUCGAGGCCAAGGCUGCCUACUUCAUCACCAUCCUCGGCCCCGUCGCCGCCGAGCUCUCCGGCUCCGGCACCUCAUACACCAUCACCGUCCCCAAGGACGUCCAGUCCGGCCAGGAGUACCUUGUCCUGACCUCCGGCACUGAGGCCCCCACCGACGACAACAUCGUUGCCGGUCCCGCCGUCAUCGAGAUCGUCGACAACGUCACCAACUCCACCGCCACCAACGACGGCCGCUACAAGGGCUGGAAGUGGAACUCCCGCCACUGGUAGAUUAUUCCUCUCAUCUCUUGAGGGAUCUUCACACACCAGUCGAGCGUGCCUGUAACACUCGAUGUUUAAAUACACAUACCCCACAACGCUUUUUCGAGC